AUGUACCAAUUUGGAGCAGGUCCAGCUGGCUGUUCCGUGGCAAACCAUUUAUCCGAAAAUCCCGCAGUGAAGGUUCUUCUCUUGGAAGUUGGGAAAGCGGAAAUCGUCCCUGCUCAGGAUAUUCCAGGAGGAUUUCUGUUCCAAACUGCUACAGAUUAUAACUAUGCAUAUUUGAGUGAGCCUCAGUCAAAAGGUUGUUUGGGUCUAAUCAAUCAGCAGUGUGCUUUUCAUCAUGGACGAGGUCUUGGUGGUUCCACCAUCAUCAAUAAUAUGAUCUACACUAGAGGCAACUGGCGAGAUUUCGAUGCCUGGAAUGCUUCCGGUAAUCCUGGGUGGAGCUAUCGUGACGUGCUUCCAUAUUUUAUAAGUGCUGAAAAUGCCAACUUGCGCGACUUUCAAAAUAAUGGCUACCACGGCAAGAAUGGAUACCUUUCUGUUGAGGAUAUACCUUAUAGAACCCCUCUGGCAUCUACCUUUGUCCAAAGUGGAUUGAGGGCUGGGUUACCUUAUAUUGAUUACAAUAGCGCAUUCGGCAGUGCAAAACUGCUCAUGCUUUCCGGGGUUGGGCCUAAGAAGCAUUUAAGAGAUCUUGGAAUAAAACUGAUUAAAGACCUUCCGGUUGGAGAGACUCUAUACGAGCAUCCAGGUGUCAUAGGUCCUGUUUUUCUCGUCACCCAACCCAUCGAUAAUAACAUUAAUUUUGAAAGCACCCUUACGCUUCCCAACAUGAUUAAGUAUCUCUUCGGUCAAGGUCCCUUCACAUCAGCUUUCUCGGAGGCAGUAGGAUACAUAAAGACUCCAGUUUCACCGUACCCCGAUUCUGAUUGGCCUGAUGUGGAGCUGAUUCAAACCGGCCUUCAAUUGGGAGAUGAUAUAACACCUGCAGGACAGAACUACUUCCGGGUAAACGACGAAAUUUUGAAUUCAUACUUUCGUCCGCUGUUUAAUACGCGUGCCUUCAUGUACGUACCUCUGCUGAUGCACUCCAGAACAAAAGGUUCGAUCAAACUGAAGUCUACCAACCCGUUUGAUCAUCCACUAUUCAACUACACGUUUUUCGACGAUGAUCGUGAUCUGCAAGCGCUGGUGUAUGGAAUCAAGGAGGCGAUUAGAAUUACUGGACAAAAGCCAUUUAUUGACAUUGGAGUGGAACAAUACACUCGUAAGCUGCCGGGGUGUGAGCAGUUCGAGUUCAACAGUGAUGAGUAUUGGCGGUGCUAUGCGCAGACUUUGACCGUAAACUUCUAUCAUUAUGUCGGAACAUGCAAGAUGGGACCAGAAUCUGAUCCCACGACUGUUGUGGAUGCUCGGCUGAGAGUGCACGGAGUUCAUAAGUUGCGGGUGGUUGACAUUGGGAUAGUUCCAAGAGCUCCCUCGGCUCACACGGCAGCUGUGGCUUACAUGAUUGGUGAUAAAGGGGCAGAUAUGAUCAAAGAAGACAAUGAUCUCCAGUAA